AUGCAAACACACACACACACCCUCACACUUUACAUGUUCACUUUCUCAGCAAAAACCCCAAAACUUUCUUUCUAGCCAAACAGCAAGAAGUGAUGGGGGAAGGAAGGGGCUCAACUCUAGUUCAUCUACUGGUCGUGAUCUUAUGCUUAGUCGCAUUCGGAUUCUCCAUUGCUGCCGAGCGCCGGAGAAGCAUUGGAACCUUACACAAAGAUGAGGUUUCCAAUGCUACAUACUGUGUUUACAGCUCAGAUGUUGCGACUGGAUAUGGGGUCGGUGCUUUCUUGUUUCUUCUCUCAAGUGAAUCACUGCUGAUGGGUGUGACAAAGUGCAUGUGUUUUGGAAGACCUUUAGCGCCUGGUAGUGAUCGUGCUUGGACCAUUAUCUAUUUUGUAUCAUCAUGGGUGACUUUUCUGGUAGCAGAAGCUUGUCUUAUUGCAGGUGCAAAGAAGAAUGCAUAUCACACCAAGUACCGUGACAUAAUCUACGCACACGACUUCUCCUGUGAAACAUUACGGAAAGGUGUUUUUAUUGCAGGAGCAGUGUUUGUGGUCGCAACAAUGAUCCUCAAUGUAUAUUUCUACAUGUAUUUCACCAAGGCUACUACAACUCAGGCAGCUCAGAAAACCAAUCGGUCAAACUCUACUGUUGGAAUGACUGGGUUUGCGUAGACUUUGCAGGAAAACACUAGAUAGGACAUGGGUUUUGCUUCAUUGAUUAUAUUAGCAUGGUGAUUGUUGCCUAGUGAAAAGUACCGGAAUGAGAUUUACCUAAAACUGUUGAUAUUAAUGUUUGCUUGUUAAUGGUGACGCAUAAGAUGUACUAAUAGCAGUGCAAAUGGUUAGAAGUGGAGUGUGAAUGUUAUUGCUCAGAUAUUCAACAAAGGGGGUGUGAUUAGUACUAGUUUUGUUAUUUUUGGUUGGGUUUUGUACGAGUACAAUUGCUCAAUUGUUCUUUCAUCAUCAAAAAGCUUUCAACAAAGAAUGGGACUAGCCUGUUAUGGAUUGCAGUUUAAGCUUAUUAGGCCCGGUCUGUUGUCGAAACUCUUUCAGCAUUGAAUCGUCGGACCCAAAGUUAUGUUCAAGCUAAGCUAGCUGACUCUUCUUACAUAUGCGAUGUAGAUGGAAUUUUAAGAAAUUAUUUCGCAUCAGAUUCUGCUCUUCA